AUGGCAACUCCAGCCCGCCUCGCAGCCGCAGCCGAAGACGGUGCACGCGCCAACCGUAAUGCACGCAUAGCGCGCCGCACAAAUGAGCUCUCCACAGAUGUGGCCGAGGCAUACACGGCGGUGCGGGUGCACGGCGAAGACAUUGCACAGGCCCAGGCGCGGAUGGAUGAGCAGGUGGCCGAGUUACGCAAGGCAGGCGCGGUGGCGGUGGUGGACGGCGCCGGACGGACGGCGUCGCAGUUGCUCGCUGUGGCUGAGCGGGCCGGAGACGGAGCACGGCGGCGGAUGGAGGGUGAGGGCGGGACGAUUGCACGCAAGGUCCGCGAGGCGCAUGCCGUGAGUGAUGCCGACCGAGCUUUGAAGCAGGCUGGGCUGGAGCGGGCGCUGGACGAGGAGCGGCGGGCGAGGAGCUCGAGCGCGGCCGAGUCUGCGGCGCGUUUGGACACGGCGCUGCGGCGGAUGGAGGGCAAGAUUGCCGACGUGCGGCGGGAGCGGAUUGCCGGCCACGACCGAGUUGCUGGCCACAUCCGUCGCAAGAUCGGCAAGGUCGAGACUGAGCUCAAUGCGUACGUGGACGACCGUGCGCGGGCAGCCGAGCUGUUUAUGGCCAAAGUGGCAGAGGUUCAGCGGUCGCUCCGGGGCUAG